AUGAAUAAUCAAACAUUUAAAUUUGUAAUAUUUAAUAGAUAUCUAUUUAAUAUCAUUGUUGAUUAUGUUUAUUAUAUAAAUCGUUUACAAGUAGCUCAAAAGACACAAGAUGAUACACUACUAUUUGCAAAAGAGAAUAGAAUGAAGUUGGUCUAUGCAGACAAGGAUCAGAGAAAGAUUGACCUAUUCUAUAAACUCAAACAUGAGGGCAAUCCAUUCACACGUGAUUGUUACAUGGUGACAGUCAUCCCAGUCAACAAGUAUCACAAGAGUCGUAGUUGUUUUGGUAUGUCUAGAUGUAACCAAUACACUCUCCAACACCCAUCGUUGGGCACUCGUACCUAUAAAUCGGCACUAUCUGUAAAGUGGUUACUCAAACAUCGUCACGUCGGUCUGCUCCAAGAGAAACUACAUAAAGGGAUGUACCUCGACUUUACCAAACCAAUGUGGGUCAAAUAUGCUACAGCUGAUCGUCUCGGAUCAUGGUCGGAUGAAACCGUCGUUCAAUUAAUCAAAAGAUCGGAAGAGUUUUAUAGACAACAAGACCAAUUACCAAAUAUCAAGAAUGUCAUUAUACUUGGUAUCAUCUUUAAUGAUUCAAGGUUACUCAAUCCAUUAUUGGUACAUUACAAGAGUUCACAAUUGUGGGUUGUCGUAACAAACAAUCCUCAAAAUAUAUUGGGUGCAUUGGCAUCAACCGGUCAAUUGGAACUACUCAAAACGACAAUACAUGAAUGUAAUACAAGAGGUAAGCCAUCUGGAAAUGGCAAGCCAUUUACAUUGUCCAUGUUGACACAAGCUCCCGCUGCUACCGAAAUUGCUCGACUGGGAUAUUUGGCACUAAAGAAUGGUCAGACCGAAGUAUUUAGAUAUUUGUACGAUACCUUUAACCAAGAAUUCACCACUGAAAAGGGUAUCUCUAUUCUAAGUAAACAAGGAGAAGACUUGGUAUCUGCUCUCUUUCUUUGUAAAGACAUUGUAUUGAUGAAAAGAGUUUUAAAAGAUUUGAAAAAAUCAAUUAAUCGUUUUCAACAAUUAUCCUCUCAAUCUUGGUCAAUGUAUAUUCAUGCUGUACUUGAUAAAAUUCUCUUUGUAGAGGAACCAAAUUCAAAGUCAUUGGAUAUUCCAACAAUCAAUCAAACCAAUCAACUUGAAAUAAUUAAAAUCAUUCUUGAAGUUUAUCAAAACAAGAUUGAAUCAACUACAAUAGAAUCUGUUCAAUCAAAAUUAAAAAAGUUUAUAUCAGAAGAUUGGAAAGGAGAGUAUAAAGGAAUGGUUUAUAAUUUCUCUCAACUGUCAGUUUGUUUGGCAAUAUUACAAGUACUAUUGGAGGAAAUGGAAAAAGAUUAUAAAAUUUAUUAUUCACAUGUAAAGGCAAUGGGUCGUAUACUUUCAUUAACCAAUAUGGGUGGUGAAGGUCUAUGUCAAUACCUUUUGACAGUAUUCCCAAGUCGUAUGUUGUUGGAAAGUUCUGCAUGGUCACCAUUCCCAUCAAAUGUCGUCUGUUUUCAUCAACAAUUGGUCGACGAGGGUGUAGCUCCAACCCCAUUAUCAGACUCUGCUCCAGUGACACUAGAAACCUACAAUACUCUUCAAUCAUUAGGAUAUAUUGAUCCAUUAUCAUUAUUUUCAAUUCUAAAACGUCCCAUUAAAUCAUUAGAUUUUGAACUUGUCAAACAAAUCAUCAACGAUAUCCUACUCUAUCAAGUCACUGAAAGACCACAAUAUUUGGUAGUUUUGGCACUUGAAACUUGUAACAUUGAAAUGGUUAAAUGUAUACUACACCCAUUAUACCAACAACAACAAUUACCAAUCACAUUAACACCAACACAUAAUAGUAGAAUUCUAGAUAACCCAACAGUCACCCAUUUCAUUGUAUGCAACUUUAAAUCACUUUCAAAUUGCUUUGAAUGGGAGCACCCAGAAAGAUUUAUACAUUUUGCAAUGUAUUUUACAAAAAUCGAUGUUUUAAAACACUAUCUAGUCGAUUCCCAAACAACAGAACAACAAACCAACGCCUAUAGAACAAAAUAUAAAAACGUAUCAAAUUAUAGAUUUCUUUUGGAUUAUUGUUUCAACUUUUAUUCAACCAAAUUGAUCAAUUUCAACAAUGAUGAAGAUCAACAUUUAUUAUAUCAGCAACAACAAGAUAUAAUUCAUUAUGUUUGUCAAUUUAUUGGUACAUCUCAUUUGGGUGCAGCUGCAUCAAGUAGAUUAGGAUCGGUACUUGGUUCAAUUGGUAGUACAACUUUGGUUGAUACUAUUCAGUCAUAUGCUAGUGCGUUGCCUCUAGUGCCAUCACUGAAUAAAAAUAUUUUAAUCAAGGCAUUUACCAAUGGAAGAUUAGAUCUAAUCAAACAUAUGGAUUUCAAGUAUCAUCUAUCAAAAAUCUUCUCUGUCGAAAAUAUGCAAUUGGCCAUUGCAAAUAAUCAUCAACAUAUUGUAGAUUAUUAUUUAAAGUAUAGAAAUAGUAAUAACAAAAUUAUGGUAGAGGAAACCUCUUCGGCAAACUCUUUAUCAUUUUCAUCAUGUUCAAGUGGAUGUGAUUGGUUUAAUCCAUCAAAUUGGGUUGGUGGCUCAGUCCCAGACUCGACACAAAACGCCGUAAUUGAUUUCUCUACUAGUCUAUUCGAUGCUGCCAUCAUCACUGCCGCUCAACCAAUCAAUGUCGCUCAAUUGACCAUUAUCAACGACAACGUUAGACAACUCUUUAUCGAGUUGCAAGCCGCUGGAAAGGUUGGUGGAUCAAUGUCCAUUACUGGUAAUUCCACCGUUAAUAUUGCCGAUAGUCUUGCCUAUAUUGUAGAUGGUGAUUUGUAUAUUGGUGAUUAUUCAACUCUUGCUCUCCAAACCGACGCUGUCAUUGUCGUCUCUAAUACUACCACUACCACUCCACUCGCCGCUAUUGUCCUCGGUCCAGGGUCACUUAUUACUAUUGAUGGUGUUGCCACCCUUGCCGGUAGUUUCAGUGCCGAUCCAUCAUCUGGUGUUGAACUCAACGAAUACGCCGUCGUCUCUGGUAUCAUCAUGGGAGGUGCUUUCAACUCUGCCAAGAAUGUUACUUUUAUCGGACCAAACAGUGUCGUUGUCGCAUCGAUAAUCUCCAACGGAAACAUCACUCUUGUCAGUGGUGCCAACGUUGCCGUCGACAGUAUCCUCGCUACCGGCACCUAUUACCUCUCUGCUGGAACCAGUCUUGAAAUCUUUGGUACCGACACUUCGUCGACCGUCAUUCAAACUUUGGUUGGUGAAGUUGGUUCAACCUUGUCCGUCUCUGGUGGUGACUCUACCAGCAUUAGAAAUGUCCUCUUUGACGGUACCAUCACCAUCAACGAUGCCCAAUCCGUCUUUGGUGUUGGUCGCAUUAACCAACUCAGUCUCCAAUCAUCCUCUGCUCAAACUCUUUACGUCUCCCUCCAAAACAUCACCGUCGCCACUGUCAACAGUGUCGCCUCUGUCUCUAUCAACUUGGUCUGCAGUGUAUACUGUGAAAUCAACUCUAUUCCAGGUGCCGCUCAAUUGUUUGUCAUUGCCGGUGCCUCUGCCACUCUCAACUUUACCAACUCUCAUAUCAACCUCUACCCAACCUCCAGAGUCAUGGGUUCACCAAACUCUCUCAUCAUCUUGAACAAUACCAUCAUGUCUGCUCCAACCGUCGCCACUGACAACUCUCAAGUCCUUAUCAUCUCUUCCAACAUUACAUCGUCGAUUGUCGGUUCUGAAGAUUCACAAAUCAUCUUUUUAGGUGCUUCGACCGUCAACUAUGUCGAACUCUACAACAGUCAAAUGAACGUCACCAACGGUCCAUUGAUCAUCCAAAAUGAAUUGUCUGCAUGGCAAGGAUCCACCUUGAAUCUUGUCCUCGACACUCUCUCUGAGCGUUCCGAACAAGUCCCAGUCUCUGUCACCAACCAAAUCAUCUUUGACUCUUCCAACAUUGUCGUUUCAAGUUCAUCCAAGGCUUUGCAACCAGGUUUGGUCUACUUUACCCUCUCUUCAUCCGUCACUCUUUCAGUACCAUUUGACAAUUGUACCUUUGUUCCAACUCAACAAAACCAAGAUACUACUUUUAUCGAUACCUAUACCAAUGGUCUUUACUAUUUAACUUUUUCAUUCCAUCAACAAGAAUAA